CUAGUCGCCCAGCGUAAACAUCCGUUCAUCUGGUGUCAAACCAGCGAGUUUUUGAGCAAAACCUUUCCGUUAACGAUGAACGAGCGUUUUAUUUGGUUUUACGCAUCGUUUUGGGGAUGGCGAUGAUUUCCGUCAGCUAUAUUCUGCUGUGCGGACAGCUGGCGUUGCUGCUGACGGUGAUACUUCUACAGUGUCUCGAGGGGAUUGACUCGCAGAACUCGACGACAGCGGAGGCUGCUGCUCCCGGCCCGGGCCCCACCUCGCUCCCGUUCAUCGAGCAGCCCGAAACAGUCAAAUCUGAUGCACCGGCGGAAAGCGUCAACGACACUGAGCCUCAUGAGUACAAACCCCCGUCACCAGUCGUCCUGUGCAGCUACCUUCCAGAGGAGUUCAUCUACUGCCAAGACCCUGUAGAUCAUGCAGGCAACCUCAGUGCCUACUUGGAGAUAGAACAUGGUUGUGUGUGGUGGGGUGGCCAGACUAAGAAAGAGGUGAACUACACAUCAGUUAUCUGCAUGGCAUUAGAUGAUAUCGAGUGUGCUGGACCCAGGGAAUUCCGAAGACAAAAUGUACCCUGUAUCAAAUACACCGGACAUUACUUCAUCACCACACUGCUGUACUCCUUCUUCCUGGGCUGUUUUGGAGUUGAUCGCUUCUGUUUGGGCCACACAGGCACUGCUGUGGGGAAGCUGCUGACUCUGGGAGGUCUGGGGAUCUGGUGGUUUGUGGACCUGAUUCUGCUCAUCACUGGCAGUCUGAUGCCUAGCGACUACAGCAACUGGUGCACCUACUACUGAGACCAAUGUAAAGUUUGACCAAAACUUUCUUCUUAGCUGUUGUUUUCUUUCCUUCCUCCAUCACAUUCUGCCACAUUUUGAUGAAUCCAGGAACUUGGCUUUAGCCUGACUCAGUCAUUAACCUGUGGGAGGCUUUGAUGGAGGGACUUUAGAGCAGCUGCUUUGCAAAGUGGAGUCCAGGGAAUGCUUUAGGGGCUUCUGCAGGUUCCCCACAGGCUCUUGAUGUAAGCCAGGCUUAAUUUGAGUUUCACUCUGAAUGGAUUCCUUAGAAAUGUUCACAGUUGGACAGUUUAUAUGAGGAUGCCUAUUAGAAUCACAGCCUUCACUGUACCUGUAACUUUGUCGCUCUGAAUGCACUAAUGACAGCCAUUUAAAACCUAUAAAAUUUUCCUUUCACAUCGAAAAGUUACCUUGCAAAGUUUGGCAGCUGGGUAGAAAGUCUGUGAAAAGCUUCAAUGUUAGCUUCUUCAGAGCCACUUUUUAUUUCCAGUCCAGUCUAAUAUGCAUCAUGCUGGAGUUAAACAUCCCCCUUCAGCAAAUGGUAAAUUAUCGGCAUCGGGAGGCUGAAAGAUUACUAACUGAUGUCUAAAAAUGGCUCCUGGUGUCUGCUUUGCUUUUUUCUUGAAGUAAAUUUUUUGUAAAGUCAUUUUACACUCUGUACUCUGACAGACCAUUUUAAAAAUGGACAUGGUUAUUGUGACGACGUUGGAGGCACUUUAAUGGUAACGGAAUUACAAUCAGCCAAUUUUUAAUGGGGAGCUAAAAGAUGGCCAGAUUUUGCUGCCUUUGUAAUUCCGUUACCACAGAGUUAUCCUUAUAUGAUGCAUUCUCACAUGUGACAGCAUAGCUCCACCUUCCCAUAUGUCUAGCGCACUAUUUUGUUCCACAUGACAUUAACUGGGCGACGGCAGCACUCACCCCUCAUUAUGCAUCAGCCUCAUUGACCACAGAAUGGAUGGAACAGAGUGGAAGUGCAACUACCGAAAAAAGGUGUUUCUAUUAUUUAGACCACCACAUUCACAUGCACAUGUGGUCACCAGAUCGAGCCUUUAAGAUGAUAGAAAUAGACAUUAUAUGGAUCUUUAAUUUGGCAGGUUACAUGGUGAUAGCAUUUGCUGCUUCUCCGUUACUGUGUUAACAACCUGAAGGGAUAAACUUAUUUAUCUUUGUAUUCAUUUACUCACUGCAUUUUAUUCUUCCAUAGCCUAGGAACACGUAUGUCUGUUUUUUUUUAUGGUUGCUGUCAUUUUGAUGAGGUGAUAAUUUGAUUGUUCUGAGGAUGUAAUGACUUAAAGUUAUACAGAUAUUGAUGAUCUUCAUUGAGUUUCCAGCUAAGAGCUGGUGAUGUCAUAACAAAUAGUCAAAUUUGUACUAGGUUACAUUUUUCAUUGUUGAAGGUUUAUAUGUUUUUCAUAGACAGAGCAGCUUUAAUUAGGGGGAAAAAAAAGAUCCAUGAAGCCAUUUAAGGCAGCAUCAAACACUGAAGAAGAGCCACCUCAGUAUAUUGGCUGUUUUCCAACAAAAAUAUUGCAGAAGGUGUCAUAUCUUUUCAGCUUUGUUAAAACUCAUGUAGUUAUCAUUUAUUAAUGGUGUUCAAUAUACAUACCUUAGUUAAAAUGAACACUCGUAAUAAAUGAUUAACCAUAUAAAUCUUAAGGUAAUAUAAAUAUGGGUAGAUUGACAGCUGUUAAUGCUUCAUUAAAUGGUAGUUAAUGUUUAAUACAUUAACUAGUGCCAAUUCAUGCACCUCUGUGUACCUUAAUUAAGGCUUAAAGCUGCAGUGUGUAGGAUUUAGGGGUGUUUAUUAGCAUGAAUUAAAUAUAGCAUUCAUAACCAUCUGUUCCUGCAACAGCAAAUUGAUGCAUUUUCACAAACUUAUAGUGAGCCCUUCAUAUCUACAUGGCCGUCAUGUUGCACCACUAUGUUGAUAGAGUAGCCCAAAAAGAACAAAAGACUGAAGAAAAAAAGUAGUAUUGGUGGUUGCUCCCCUAUAAAUUGUUGACUGAUUGCUAGUGCUGGCUAGCUGGGGAACGAAUCCCGGUCUCCAAAGGGGGGGCAUGAUAUGGGGCAAAAUUGUGACUGGUGACUAUGCAAUUGGAAACCUUGCCACUAGAUGACACUAAAUCCUGCACACAAGAGCUUUAAUUAAAGUGAAUAAGGUAAAUGAGGGUACAUUAAUUGACAGUUAACUCAAAUGAGCUCUUAGUUAAUACUUAUUACUGCACUAACUGUCAAUUAACAGUCCAACAUUACCAAUUGUUGUGUGAAAUUCUUUUGAAACCAUUUAGUGCUGUUUAUGGAACGCUGACGUUCUGAAGUCUGUGCUGCACUAUGUAUGUAAUAUUGAGCUGCCAAAUCUUAAGCUUGAGUUGGGAAUAAGUUUAUUUUUCUUAAGUAUUUAUCUUGUCUGAAACAUGUGGGGUAAGAUGGUCUGUUCCUGGGUUGUUUCAGAUCAUAUGAAAUAUUCUGUUGAUCAAAUUGAAGAAAAGAAAAUUUAAGCAUCCGGAUUUGUGAGUUAUUUUGUCAGUUUUCCUAAAUGUUUUCUUGUACUGUUUAAACUGUUUAUUUAAAGAACCUGAAUGUUCCGAGACACAUUCUCACUGCUCUAAACUGUGUCGUGUUGUAUUUGUCGCUGUUCUGAUAAUGCUAUAAAAAUAUCUGCUACAGCG